UUAGGGUCUUGUACCAUUUGCAGGGCUGUUACAAAAGUGUCGAUUUGAAAACCGCAAAAUCCGCGCCAAGCCAUUAGAAAUCCGCGCCGAGGUCAUCAAAUCCGCGCCAGUACAAAACAUAUGGCUUUGAUGACUCAAACUUAUUAAAAGCCAAAAUUUUUAAGAGAAAAUCGAUAGAUUAGUUAAUAAAUUGAUUUUUAAUUACUAAUUCAUGACUUUGUAUAACCACUUCUACACCAAACAAGAAUUUGAAUCAAUAAUUCUUCGAUUGUUUAUCAAUCAGUGCCGACUAAAAAGGCAGCAGUUUGACGAAACUUUUGAAAUAAUAUAUAAUCAACCUUAUGUUAGAAAUCUUGAAAUCCCAAAAGAUCAUUUGAGAAUUUUCAGAAACUUUUUGAGAAAUUCAAGGAUUACUUUUUGCAAAUACUAGUGAAAUUUUUGAAUGAAACACCACUAAAUUGUAUUCCUUGGGGCGAUACUUAUAAAAUGUUCUGAACAUUAUGAUAAGAGUUUCUGGUCACACCACACACUUGGAAAUUAGGAUUAGAUGGAUAUUUCAGCUAAAUGUUCUUAUUCUAAGGAUUUCGAAAGCUUCAACAUUUUUUUUUCAAAUAUUUUGCAAAAAAAAAAAAUAUUAAGAAACCCUUUAAUAACUGUGCCCCUGACAACGGGUGCUCUGAUCGGAAAUCAUAGUUUUAGCAAAACAAAUUGUUUCGCAAGUAGUAAUAACUGAUUCAGGAGUUUCGUCAAUUCCAUCAUUCUGAAACUCAUCCAUAAUGAAUGAAAUUCUUGCAUGUUUAAUAAAUCGCUAGAAAUUUCUAAUAAAUAAUAUUCUAUCCAGAGUUUUCAAAGUUUUUUUUUUUCCAUAGAAUUAUCUAAGAAUGCAAUCAUGAAAAGCUCCAGGACGUGUUUGUUACCUGUAUCUUUUCUAUUUUAAUUUCUUACGACAUACACAGUCUGUUGGAAAUUCAAGACUACGUAAUUUCCUUCAGUGUAUGGUGAGUUCCGAGCUUCCCCUAGCUAUCGUAUUAGCCUUAAGGUUGUAAGCAGUUAUUCAGUUGCACGAUCAAGAAUAGUUAGUGUAUUUUGAUUCCGAGUAAAUAGAUUAUACGGUUAGGAGAGCGCUACUCGAGAAAUUCAGCCAUGAGACUAUAAUGUAAGUUAUAAUCUUUAUAUUCUAUACUAAUAUUCUGAAAUAAACAUAUAUUCGUUGCAGUCUCGAAGCUGCUGUAACAGUAAGCUGCUAGCGAGAGGUUUAUUGGUUUCCCGAGAAAGUUGCGUCCCUAACAAACUUCGAGAAUUAUAUCGUACCUGAGUCGAGGUAGAUAUGGAUUCCAGCGGUAGAAGUAAUACUCGCCAGGAGCGUCUGAAACAGCGUCUCAAACUAUUAGAAGAGCAUCAUCUUAUACGAAUGGCACAGUUGGAUGACGAAAGUCGGCAGUUACGGCAGGAGUAUGAACGGAGCCUAGAGCAGAUCGAGCUACACUUUAAAGCAAAGAUGGUGAAAGUUUCGAAGAAGAGGAGUGGGGAAGAUGUCGGCGAAAUAGUGCCAGUCGAGCAAAUUUCGUUGAGUGACGGAACCCUGCAUAAGUUAAUCUUUAGCUCGUCUGCCAAAUCUGAUGGAACAGGUCCGGACUCUCGCUGCCCGAAUAUCCAAAUUGCACAGCCGAAUAUUCUGUCUCACUGUAAAACUGGUACCGAGUACGAAAACGAAGGACCGCAUACAAUAUCUUCUCCUGAGUUUCCUGAUGAAAUCGACGAAAUUGUCCAAAGUAAAAAACAGUCAGCAGUGCAGCUACAGGUGUUCUGUACAGUCAACGUUAGAUCGAGUUUGACCAGUAUGGUUCAGAAUGACCAAUCCGGUGGAGUGGAUGGAGCUCACCUUUCGUCUGAGUCAAAUCGUUCCCGCAGUAUGGGCCAGACCGAAAUUGUGGAUACAACAAAUACGAAUGUUGUUCAGUUAUAUUCGUGUUCAGAAAACGAAGUGUUAGCUGAAGAGAAUGUAGUAGGUUCAUACGGCUUACUUGCGACAUUUGAUCAAGUGGUUUGUAUAACCAAUACUCCAACAGUCACUCAAUCAGAAGCAAUACCGAAGCACAGUUUCUCUCUCACUCAAUACUACAGUAUGCAAGAACAUUUCACUUCGAAUAGCCGCUUCGCCAAGAGCGAACCAAAACAAAAUAUUGUUAUUUUGCCUUCGGCAUCAGCGAACAGCAAAAAGGUUGCUGUUGAAAUGGGCUCACUGUUCAUUGAUGAAUACUGUUUUAUUCAACUACUCGCAAUCGACCGAUUAUUCGUGGUCUUCGCUUCGUACGAUGAUUGUCAUCCACAAAGCAGCACGGACGGCGUGGAGUUUGAUCCAGGUGGGUUCAAUACUGGAUGUCAGCGAGGAUUGCUACUGUUGAAGCGAUGGAUGAGUGUAAACUGUUUGCGAUACAGUCCUCGGUUCUCGAACAUCUUUACUCGGGUUGUUGAAAAACAUACUCCUACCAGUUGGAGUGUUACUAACCACGGUCAUCUAAAUCGCAGCCCAUCGCAGAACACGACACAGAGUGCGUAUGGUAAUCGUCACACCCACGAUGGAAAAGAAGUUAAUAUUGUGUUCUGUGAUCAGAUCACCAUAGAAUUUGAUUGUUUUAUUGGAGCAGGGAAGUUGAAGUUGAUGUUGUUGAAUGGUAAAUCAUCAAUGAGUUCAGUAUCAAUAAGUCUAGCAUUGUGACUCUUGAUAGAGUUUGAAUGAUUGGUGCGGUCAGAGUUGGAAGUAUCUCAGGAAUUAUUGGAACAGAAAGAGAAGUGGAUAUUACUACAAGGAUCGGUUUUAGAAAGUUCGUGUAAGGAUUCAGGUAUUAGAUUUUGGUUAUUGAUCUUCUGCGGCAGAUCAGUUUACAACUGUAAAUGAUACGAAUACGUAGUACUUCACGGAGAAGUCGGAACUACACGGGAAGGGGUAUGUUGGAAAUUCAAGACUACGUAAUUUCCUUCAGUGUAUGGUGAGUUCCGAGCUUCCCCCAGCUAUCGUAUUAGCCUUAAGGUUGUAAGCAGUUAUUCAGUUGCAUGAUCAAGAAUAGUUAGUGUAUUUUGAUUCCGAGUAAAUAGAUUAUACGGUUAGGAGAGCGCUACUCGAGAAAUUCAGCCAUGAGACUAUAAUGUAAGUUAUAAUCUUUAUAUGUAUUCUAUUCUAAUAUUCUGAAAUAAACAUAUAUUCGUUGCAGUCUCGAAGCUGCUGUAACAGUAAGCUGCUAGCGAGAGGUUUAUUGGUUUCCCGAGAAAGUUGCGUCCCUAACACAGUCUACCAAACCAAUGUUUUUCUUUACAAGAUACUGUUAAAUUUGACUACAAAAUUCAACCAAAUGUUUCUCUAACACUUCCGGUAGACAUCUCUUUGCAAAUUCCAUAAAAAAAGAUUUCAGAAUCACCAAGAAACAACUAUUGCAGGAAUUUUGCCAUUCUAUCCAAAAAUUUAGUCAGAAAUUGAUUUCGGGGUUAAGACAGAAAUAACUUCAAUAGUUUGACUAACAAAUUCAGAAGAGGAUCUUCUAAGUUUAACGUAUGCGUAUAGUGCAGUGUAUUUUAGCACUCUAAGCAAGGGACUAUUAACAUUGAUUUUAAUUAAGCACAACAUUCCAUAACACUAAUUUAAAAACGUUGUUUUUCUGGUUUUGUUGGGCUACUUGUCUAUAUGUUUGAUGUAAGUGCAUUUCAAAACCAUUUCCGCAAAAUCCGCGCCGAAAUUAGCAAAAACGCGCGAAAUCCGCGCGAAACGCAAAAACCGCGAAAAACGCAAAAUCCGCGCCAUCUGUAACAGCCCUGCAUUUAGGCAGAUGUACCUAUUUUGGGCACUUGCUGCUAUAACUAAGUCAAUUUCAAACCGAUUGAUUUGAAUUUUUGUAUAGAGUUAGGCACGU